AUGAAGUGGUUACCCCUCGUGGCUCUAGCCUCCACGGCGAUCGCUGCUGAGUCUCAGUGUCGCUGCUUGCCUGGAGAUGACUGCUGGCCCUCCUCGUCGGACUGGUCAUCCCUGAAUCAAACCGUCGGAGGUCGUCUGGUUGCAACCGUCCCAAUUGGGAGUCCUUGCCAUGCACCCACCUACGAUGCUGCCGCAUGUGCUACCCUGCAGGCCAACUGGACUCUCCCGGAAACUCACCUGGACUCUUCCUCGUCGGUGAUGCAAACAUACUUCGCCAAUCAGAGCUGUGACGCGUUCACUGCCAAGGACCGUCCUUGUUUGCUGGGCAAUUACGUCAAUUAUGCGGUCAACGUGUCCACAAGCGAGGAUGUUGUGUCGGCAAUUCAGUUCGCCCAGAACAACAGCAUUCGCUUCGUGGUUCGUAACACCGGACAUGAUUACAUGGGCCGUUCCACCGGCGCCGGUGCUCUCUCUGUCUGGACACACCACUUGAACACUAUUGACUACCAAGACUGGUCUGAUUCGACUUAUCAGGGACCCGCUUUUAAAGUCGGAGCUGGAGUUCUCGGAUACCAGAUCCUCGAGGCUGCCACCGCGAGAGGUCUGGUCGUCGUGAGUGGUGAAUGUCCUACCGUAGGAUUGGCGGGUGGCUACACCCAGGGUGGUGGUCACUCUGCUCUAAGCACUGCCUUUGGUCUGGGCGCUGAUCAGACCCUGGAAUUUGAGGUCGUUACCGCUGCUGGAAGACAAGUCACUGCCUCUCGCUCGGAAAACGCCGAUCUCUUCUGGGCUUUGAGUGGCGGUGGUGCUGGCAACUACGGCGUGGUAAUGUCCAUGACCGUCAAGGCUCAUCCAGGUGCUAUUAUUGGCGGUGCUGCUCUGGAGUUUACUGCAGCUGGCAUCACAUCUGAGGUUUUCUUGAAGGCGGUCUCGCUUUUCCACCAUCUCCUUCCUCAGAUGAUUGACAGUGGCGCCUCGGUGAUCUACGAGAUGACUUCCACCUUCUUCGCCAUCAGCCCCCUGACAGCUUAUAAUCAGACCUCUGACGAUGUCAAAACUAUCCUUCAACCAUUCAUCUCGGGUCUUGCCCAGCUGAACAUUACCGCCCAGGUGGCCUAUACUCAGUAUGACACAUACUACGACCACUACAACAAGUACAUGGGUCCUUUGCCCUAUGGCAAUCUGGCUGUGUCAUCCUACCAGUAUGGCGGUCGCCUGAUCCCCCGGACUGUGCUGGAGCACAACUCGUCCAGUCUGGCAACGGUGCUCGGCAACUUGACUGCCCAUGGUGUGAUCGCUGUGGGUGUUGGCAUGGACGUCUCCAACCCCGGAAACGUCUCCAACGCCGUCUUUCCCGCGUUGCGAAACGCCGCUGUGACGAUGCAAAUCGGUACUGCGUGGAAUGAGACGGCGCCAUGGUCGAAGAUGGUAGCCGACCAAUUCAAGAUCACCAACGAAUACGUUCCCCAGUUAGAAGCCGUCACUCCCGAUAGUGGUUGCUACCAGAAUGAGGGCAACUUCCGCCAGCUGAACUGGAAGGAAACCUUCUUCGGCAAAAACUACAGCCCCCUUCUUUCGAUCAAGCGCAAGUGGGAUCCCACCUCUUUCUUCUACGUACUCAAGGGCGUGGGAAGUGAUUCUUGGGAUGUCUCAAGUUCUGGUCGGAUGUGUCGUGUUUGA